GGCGGUACAUAGAGACGUCAUCAGCGUACCUCACACAGCACCUAUAGUUGUUGUUCAACACAAGGAACGCACAAGACUGAACUGCAGUGUGGUGAAACAUAAGAGAAACAUCACCAUUUGUGCAUCAUUGCUCACAGUGGUGUAUCUCCUGCUGUGGUCAGCGCUAAGAGAAAGUCCAGACGUUCCAAAGACAACGACACGUGCGAUGUCUACUCAGCCAGAUGGUGUUUGGGACUUUGGGGACCUGGCGCCAGCUUCAACAUGGCAAUUCGACGCCGGGGCUUUGAAUGUUGUUAGAAAGUAUACAGCGAAACUGACGCUCCAGAAACGCACGCAGGAGGUGAAGCUGGGGAAAGUACAAAGAGAUUCAGCCAUCCCCUUCGGCCACUACUACAACACCUGCGCUGUGAUAGGAAACAGCGGCGUUCUGCUGGGCAGCGGAUGUGGGAAGGAGAUAGACUCCAUGGACUACGUCAUCAGAAUAGACCUGCCAGUCAUCAGCGGGUUCGAGAAAGAUGUUGGAAGACGAACCAACAUGACGGUACUCAACCAUAGGACGCCUACACGGAUGGAGAGGUCUUCCCAGAUGAAAAACAGAUCUGAAGACGUGUAUGACAGUCGCAUGAAGGACGCUGAGGCUGGCGUUCUGCUCUCCGACCCGCGUGCACAGCCUCAGAUUGCCAAGGCUCUGGGAGUGUAUAACCUCUCAUUUUCACUGCUCAAAAUGAAGGGUGGAAUAAAAGAUAAGAUAAACAAAAUUGCCUCUAGUGUAGCAAAGAAGAAGAUGAAGGGACCUACCAUCGGCCUGAUCAGUGUGCUGAUGAUGACGACGUUCUGCAACCACUCGCACAUGUACGGAUUCUUCCCUUACUUUAAAGAUGCGAACAACAAGCCUAUCCGCUAUCACUACUAUCCGAACGACCGCGUCUAUCCUCCGUUAGAGGAUAACUUCGACCCUAGAGCUCACCAUGACACGAAUAAAGAAUAUGAGUUUCACAGGGACCUGCACAGACGAGGGGUUCUGAAGAUGCACCUCGGUCGAUGUGGGGAUCCAUGA